AUGGACAUCACCAAGUUCAUCACCGAAUACCGCGAGUCGGCAUUCUUGAUCGGCGACCACAACACGUACCGCGACCAAUUGUCGCGACGUCUUCGCAUUGUGAACAAGAAGCUCGGACGGGCCACUCCCAAGAAUGCCAAAUACGCAGCAAAGGCGCCUGUGACGGCCGAGGAUGUCAGCAAGAACAGCGAGGCUCUCCAUCUUCUCCUACUCAACGCGGAGCGGGCAUGGGCGCAGGCCAUGGCCAUGAAGGCCUCGCACUCCGAAGACAAUGCCGACAAGAGCAUCACCGGUUCCACCCGAAAGCACAUUAUCUCGCGUCUGCAUAAGGCUGUCGUGUACGCGAACCAGAUUGUCCAGCUUGUCUCAGACACGGGCGCAAGCGGGGCGUCGGACACGGACGUGCUGGAAGCGCGGGCAUAUGCAUAUGCCAUGGCUGGAGCACAAGAAUUCGAAAAGCAAGCCGAGGGCACAAAAAGCAAGAAUGCAUCGGCGGAGCGCUGGGCCUCGUGUCUGAAAAAGUACUCUGCGGCACGCGUCAUAUACAGCUCCCUGCUGAGGGCUACCAAGAAGGAUCUGUUCAAGGAAGUGCUGGCUGGAUCGGUCGACCCAAGCAUACGCUACGCCGCGUACCAGAGCCGCAUCCCCCGCACUGUCGGCGUGCCUGCUGUUGCCAUCAAGUACUUUCCCAAGGAUGACGCAAAGCUAGUCGAGGCUGUGCAGCAGUUGGACUCUGCUGCCUUGGAGGAGGAGAAGGCAGCUUCAACUCAUUCCCAGAUAACAUGGCGCGGCCGGACGGCAAACGUGGUGGAUGCCGCAAUUGGACAGGCAUUGGCGUCUAUCGAUAUAGCCUCUGCCGCACUGGACGAGACGAUGGCGUCUUCGACGUCUCCCAAAGAUCGAGCCAACGCAUACGAUGACAUUCUUAUCGCCAGCCAAGACGCGGUCGAUGCAACACGACGAGCGAUUGAAGAGCUGGAGAAGGAGGGCAUGGACGAGGGGGAUGCACGCAUGCAGGAUCUCCGUGUGACCAAUCUCGCCGUCAACUACGAUCUCAUCUCGUGGCGGGUCGGGCGCAACAGGGUGCUUGUAGGCAAAGACGAUGGGCUCACGUUUCCCGCAAAUCCUCCACAAAAGCCGAGGCGGCAACGCAAAGAUGGCAAGGAGUGGACAGAGCGCGAGGAGCCCACUGGCCGCAAGCUGGCACGGCUACGGGAACGGACGGCUUUGUACGAUGCCAUCUUGCAGAGCAUCGAUUCGAUCAAGGAGCUUCGCGGUGCUGCUCGCGACACUGAGUUUGUUGCGGAGCUCGAGGGACAACGGGCGUACUUUCAGGCACUCAAAUGCCUGAACCUUUCGCAUGCCUAUGCCUUCUUGUCGACGCCUAAGCAAGCACUGGCGCUGUGCAGCCGGGCACUGGGGUUGGCGACACAGGCAGCAUCAGCGCGGCGCUCCGAGUCGGCUGUGGCCACGAAAGCACCGAAAUUAGCAGUGGCAGGGGAGCAAGCGCAAACUCUGGAGAAGACGUUGGGGCAUCUCAAUUCGCACUACCGGGGCGUGGUGGCAUUGUCGCAGUUGUGUGCUAACUCGGAGACGGCGUCGAAGGCUGGGCUAGCGAAUGCGGCGCCGGUGGUGGAGAGGCUCAAUGAGUAUCCGUCGUCGGGCGCGGUGGAGGUGAAGAACCUUGUGACAUGGCCGCCAAAGCUAAAGCCGGUGCCCGUCAAGCCGCUAUUUCUGGACGUGGCAUGGAACUACAUCGAGUAUCCAGGACGUGCGCGCGCAGUGCAGCAGGCAGAGCCGCAAGAGGCACCGGCCGAGGAGCAGAGGGAGCAGAAGCCGGCAGCCAAGAAGGGCUGGUUCUCGUUUGGUAGAUAG